GUCAACAUGAAACAGUCCAUCAUCAUUACAAUUUUCUUUGUUAUAAUAUCAAAAGUUCAAAUCACUAAGUGUGAUGAACUACCGUCUGAAAAUGAAGUAGACGGGAUGUUUACUUGCCUCAGAUAUAUUUUCAAAAACGGUUUACCUUUACUGGCAGGUCCUAUAGAUCCUUUAAAUGUGGAGCACUAUGAAAUAGAUUCUGAAAGUAACUUGGUAUUUGGACACUAUGAAAUAAAUCAAUUAAUAAUGACCGGCUUAUCAGACUUCAUUGUUGGCAGUUUUUCCACUUCAAACAUUGAUGACGAACAUAUUCUCCGCAUUAAAUGUAAGCUGGCAUUUCAUUUAAACAUUACUAGCAACUAUCGUUUGGAUGGAAAAGUUGGAAAUGUCGCAUCAAUAAAUGGCGAUGGAAAUCUCGUAAUGAAAACAAGUCCAGUCCAACUUGAUUUAACAAUGGAUUUUGAUAGCAGGUGUGAAAAUCUGAAAUGUUUCAAGAAAGCUCAUGCAGAUAUUCAUAUGGAGUCUUCUGUGAAUGUGACUGGAUUGAAACCAAAUGCACGGAUGAGUUCCCUUAUUAGCCGACAAUUAACAGCAAUUAUCAACGAUCUCUUCAACCACAAUGCUGAAAUUGUGGAUGCUUUUCUAGAUCCUCUCCUUAACGAGUUGAUAGAAUCAUUGACUAAGAUUGAAAUUCCAUCUGGAUUAGAAGGAGUGGUGAAAAUCUAUUUAUACUUUUUAUGGAUGUCUUGCAGUAAACAAUUUGAUGCCCUUGGUCAUGCUAUAGGUAAACAAUAAUAUGUAAUUAUGUAUGACUUUCAAAUAAAAAUAAAGAAAGUGGACAGCAA